CUUCAACGUCGAUCCUUAAUUCCUCACUUAAACUUCUUUUAUUUUCCAUACCUAUGCCCGAUCUACGCUCGCAUUGUUGGCGCUGCGUUGUCAUUUGUCUGCAUCGAUGCGGUCCAUAAGACAUUCAACUUUAUUCACCCACGUCGAAAUCAGUAGCCCUUAGCACCGGACAUCCAACCGCUAGAAGAGUAUAGCCGCGAUAGUUCUAGAAUAGGAUUUGCCCUGCCUGGAUGGAUAGACGAUUCCGACAAAUUCGUAUGGCCCCAAACGAUUACGAUGAGGUAGCAGUAAUGGAUGAAGACAUAAAGGGUGAAAGCCAUAAUAAUAAUGGCGCAGUCUUUGGGAUGAUUGAGAGGACGCCCCUCUCAAAGACCAGAAGUUUAUCGGAUGGAGGCGGCACACAAUUAUCGCCCUCUCCCCACAUCCUCGAAGCCUCACGCCGCACAUCAAAGGACGAUACCGAUAGAUCUCUCAGUCUCAGCAAGGAUAAGAUCCAAGAUAUACCGGCCAUCGCCCCGACUCCCGUCACCCCUCGUCGACCCGACUUUCCUAUGCGUGGUCUAUCGCUUCAGAUGUCACAGUGCGAUUCCGUUUCCCCGUCCCAGACACCUAACCAGGUCAAACUCGCCCCUCUUUCACCGAAACUUGACCAUUCCCAAAUUUAUGCAUCCCCAACCAAUAUUCUUCCCAGGCGGUCCCGUGGACUAGAUUUCUCUAGAGCAGCCACCAGUUUACAUCACUCCACCCUUGCCGAGCAAUCAUCACCCGAUUCGUCUCCGACCAUUGGAGGGCGCGCUAUGAACAUUCCCGGUCGAGGUAAUGGUGAUUUUGGCCAGGAAUCUGUCAAUUCUCUGUGGUCUAUGAUGGGUAACCAAGAGCGUAUGAAUGUUUCUGGUUCGGUAGGAAGCACUAAUCCUCUAGCUUCGGAUUCCUCUUCGAGCUCUGGUGAUGACGACUUUAUGGAUGAGGAAAUGGAGGAUGCUAUUUAUACUACACCGCAGAUUUCCAAGAACAGCCAGCCUCUUGGAAACCCAACGCCGGGUACCGGCAACGUCGUCCCGUGGAUGCCUGGAUCAUCAUCUGCUAUUAACAGCCUUCAGAGCUUCCGAACACGGCCCCGCAAGCACCCGCGGAAGAGACUACGCGGCCCAACGGGACUAGGUUUUAGCCCUGCUGGUUCAGCCGUGUUCUCUAAGUCACCACCUAACAAUGUUGCUAAGGAGAUUAGGGAUGUUCCUAUCCCUCAUGCACGCAGAGAAAGCAUCAGUUGGGCCGCCAACCAAUUGCAUAUAUCCGGUAGCGAGAACGAAGACAAAUCCAUGGAGGCUGGAGAAGUGCUGUCGAGAGAUGGCCCUAGAGGUGUCGUCAAGCGGGUUGUUACGAGAAGGGGUAGUCUACUACCAAAGACGAAGGGUUUUGCGCGUAUCCGUGCUGCCCUGGCAGAGGAAAGCACCCCCAUAGAUUCGGAAGUUCGCCGAGAAGCAGAAGUCAUUCGCCAAGUUCGAGAAAGCGACAUGGACCUUGAGCAUCGUGCACCACCUGGUCAAACACCAGGUUUAGAUAUCCCGAACCUAUCGACAGCACAGUCGUCCCCAAAUCUCAAUACUGCUCAAGAAUCCCUUGACGAUAUUCCGGAGGAUGAUAUGAUGACGGACUCGGGAUUGUCAGGUAGUUUCAAGCAGCAGGCCAUGAAGAACUUGAAGAAGAACUUCUUCGAAACGUUUUCCGAAACAGGCAGUGUGGGUGGCAACCGGGUCACUCCGCCGCCUUCGUACUUCAUGCCCAGAGGCUCCUCGUCCGGGAUGAGCGAGGACGUUAACAUGGAUUCGCCAUCGUUGUCUGCAGGAUCUAGCAACGUUAAUCCAUUUAACCUAGGCCCCAGCAUUGGAAUGACGACCGGCGGCCCCGGAAGCGAGGGUCGAAAAUCGGAUACCCCGCAACCUGCUUCGGCACCGCUGUCGCAAGGAGGCAGCAUUCCGCCAACCGCAGCGGAGAUCACUCGUCGCAUAAACAAUAAACGCCGAAGAGACGACGACUUCGACCCACACAGCUUCAAGAGAAGGGCUGUAAGCCCUGGAAUGAAUAGCGUUCAUAACUCUCCAAUCACACAAAGUCCCCUACAGCGGGAUAUGCCGUGGGGCUCCCGACCAGGGAGUAACCACGGCGGGGAUAAAGCAUCAGGUACCCCGAGCGAGAACGGAAGCGCUGGUGGAAAUGGGAGGCCUAUCAAUGGGGCCAAAGGUCGAGUGGGAUUUCAAGGAAUGGUCGAUACCAACGAUGGUCUGAUGCGCAUGAGCAUCGAGUAACGCAGAUGAAGGUACAUGCAGCUAUUGCAGGUCAUGUGAUGAUCCGCGAAGCGAAUAUGACGGGAAUGGUGGAUGCUUCAUGUUUAGGGUAUAGCAUAGGAGUACAACGGACGGAGUCUGUCGGUCUUUCAGACCCAGGUUAGCAAAUUCGUCCCACCGUCCAUUUUUAAGCGGUAGUUGCUAGAGCAGUGCUGAAUACCCGAAUGAUAUAUGAUCAAUAUUAA